AUGGAAAACUUAGAAAAGUCCAACGUUGCCUUUAUUGGCAAAUUAGCCGAUGCUAAGAAAGAGUGGAUUUCAUCAUCGAUACCACCUAUCGAUCAUUAUAUUCUUAAAUUUGAUCAAUCCAAUUUAGUUACACUUCGUGGAAGAAUUUACGAAAAAAUGAAACAAUUUCAAUAUCAACAAAAGGGUGCCAAGGAAUGUGUUUUGCCUGAUGCAGACGAUGUCGAAGCGGAACAAAUUGCUGAGCUUAUACCUACAAAACCAGUUGUGGGCAACUUAUAUUUGGCUUGUAUUACCGAUAAUUUGGCUAAAAUUGAAAAAUUAAUUCUUUUAGAACAAGAAGAAAUAGAUGAAGUCAUUCGAAAAGCCAAUGAAAGAAGGAAAUCAUGUUUGUGUUGA